UGAAUCUCUAAGGCAACAUUCCCAUUGAACAGCUAUGAGGUGAGAGAGCCUUUUCAGUUUUAUUUUAGAUUGUUAUUUUCCAGAAAUGUCUCAUUAAUAGGCUAGUAGCUAUUGUUGACUUUGGUUGAAAGUACGAAAAAACAGCAAAACAGAUGAGCUGGUGAAGACUGAGUAGAUAUUAUUGUUGUAUCUUUCUUUUGGGAAAAUAGCACGAUAAUUUAAGAGCAUUCUUUUUUAUUUCUAUUGGCAAAUCAACGAAAGUGUGGCUGCUGUGCCUUGUGUGGAGCCGAGACUUCACAAUGCCAAGUAAAGCACAAGAGGAUGCUGUGAUCAACCUGAAGUCUGUCCAGGAGAUGUCCAGGGAGCUGGGGUUUGAGUGGACUGUUCUGGCCUAUGAGCUGGGCUUCUCCAGGACUGAGGUUCAUCAGUUCCAUACCACAUCCACAGAGAAGACGGUCCAGGCCAGAAGCAUGCUAGAGUGCUGGUAUGAGAGAUCUUGGGACAAGUCCAACAAGACCAAGUUGCUGCAGAACGGUUUGGAGCGUGCCGGGCGCCGCGACCUGGCUGAGAGGCUGCGUUGCCUCCACUGGGGCCACCAGAAAUUGAGCCGCAGAGUGGAGCUGCCCUCUGCCUUCCCCUUCCUCAUCACUGUCCACAGGACCAUCGAGAACCGUGACGGCCUCCGCCGGAUCAAUGACCUCAGCCGCAGAUUCACCUGAGGCAUGAGAAAAAUAUGCCUUGAUACACCUGAAAACACAUGAACAUACAGAUAUACACAUUCUCUAAGCACAUGCAAACACACACAGGCAGACAUCUAUUGAUCUAUCACUGAUGAGAUGAAUGUCUGUACAGCCACUUCAAAUAACUGAUUGGAUUCACAUUCAAAACAGUCUUUGAAAAAUAUAGACAAAUAAACAGAUUUUAGAUAAUGGA